AUGGGGGCCCACACGGCCUGGGGUAUAAAAGGCCCGGUGGAGGGUGCCCAGGAGCGAGAAACCAUGCUGCUGUGGCUGACCCUCGCUGUCCUGUGGAGCACCCCCUGCUGGGCAGAUCAGAUAUAUGGGAAUGCAAAAGGCACGUACUUCAGCUCCAAUCGAGACAAUACAAAUGACAUAUCUGGGAUCCGGAUGUUUGUAAGUCCAAUAGGCAUAAUUAGGAGUGUCCAGCUGAGAUAUGGCUCCAAGUGGAGCAGAAUAUGUGGCCUCCGAGGUGGGCGUUCCACGGAAUUCCUCCUGGGGCCAGAUGAAUACAUUGUAGGGAUUGUCGGCUCACACGGGAUCUACAUCCGCUACCUGGUUGUGUUUACCAACAUGGGGCACUGGGUCCCAUUCGGGAAAAAAAGUGGCUACACCUUCACCGCCUCCCCGAGCGACCGUGGCAAGAUACUCACAGGAGUCUUCGGCCGGACCCAACUCCUUGGCAUCAGGGGCAUCGGUUUUAAGUGGGACUAUCCUAAAACUGUACCUCCCCCACCAACCCCUAA